GCUCAGGCCGGCUUUAGUGUUGUCCUCGGACGUUCCCCGUUUCCUGAGUCCCGCAAGGCGGCGGAGACAUCUCUUUUGAGUAAAAGACUCAGCGUCCAGUGCUCCAGUGGAAAGAUUUAAGGGGCCCGCCACUAGCGCCGCCACCAUGCCCAACUUCUCUGGUAACUGGAAAAUCAUCCGAUCGGAGAACUUCGAGGAUUUGCUCAAAGUGCUGGGGGUGAAUGUGAUGCUGAGAAAGAUCGCCGUGGCUGCAGCAUCCAAGCCAGCAGUGGAGAUCAAACAGGAGGGGGACACUUUCUACAUCAAAACCUCCACCACCGUGCGUACCACAGAGAUCAACUUCAAGGUCGGAGAGGAGUUUGAAGAGCAGACUGUGGAUGGGAGGCCCUGUAAGAGCCUGGUGAAAUGGGAGAGUGAGAACAAAAUGGUCUGCGAGCAGAGGCUGUUGAAGGGAGAGGGUCCCAAGACCUCCUGGACCAGAGAACUGACCAAUGAUGGAGAGCUGAUCCUGACAAUGACAGCGGAUGACAUCGUGUGCACCAGGGUCUAUGUCCGAGAGUAAGCGGCUGCACCCCCAGAGCCGCCACCGGCCCAUGCUCCCUGCCUCCUGCGCCACCCCUUCGUCUAGGCUAGCUCUCCCCUCACCCCAGUCACUUCUGGGGGUUCUGGGUUGCCUUCUGCAGGGGCUAUUCUUUUAUUGACCCCUCCUCUCCUCCCAUAUAUCAACAUGAUGGAUGGCGCCCAGACCACCGAUUCCAGGAUCACUCCCCCCACCCCCGCCCCAGUCGUAGCCCCAAACCAGCCCAUACCAGCCUCUCUCUCCUUUUCUGCAAGGGGACCCAAGGGCCUAAGUAGGAAAGACCGGCCCUCUGUCUUCCACUCUGUCCCUGUAGCCCAUACAGUGUAGAAUAUUUAUUGGUUA